AACCAAGGAUUUAUAUUUAAGAAGAAGAUACCAAUUUAGCGUGCAUUAUUUAAGAAAUAAUAUAUCCCAAACAGUGAUUUUAUCGCUCAAUAAAAUCACUGUUUGGAGUUCCGAUGCGAGGAAUUAUAUCACGAGGGCAUAGCCCGAGUGAUAAAAUGAUGCGCACCCGAACGAAUAGUAUUCAUACAAUUGCGUUCGAGGUCCUUACCCGAAGACUGACGGAAAAGGCCGAGUAGUUGCGAUUGGUCCUUUACCAUCACGUAGUAUUAGAAAUAACCCGGAUGAAACAAUUGCGUUGAAUGUUUUAUGUCUUUGAAGUACAUUUUAAAAUGUUAGUUGAACCUGUUGAAGAUACGUUAUUUAUCUUCCCGGUUAAAACGCUAAAUUUUCUGUUAUCUUCUGGAUGCAUAGUUAUUUAAAAAUAAAUGACAUAGAGUGGUAGAGUGACUGGAAACUUCUAAGAUCUAGAUUAAAUGGUGGAAAUCAUGAAAAUGAUGUUUCUUGUGGCAUUUUUACUUGUGCAUGCUGAAUCUGUAGAAGGCUUUGAAUUUCGACUACUGCCAACCGACCCACAAGGCACAGAGGGUUUUGUAGAAAUAUUUUACAAUGGUUCGUGGGGAUCAAUCGGACACCCAGAAUUUCAGUUUUCUGACGCCACAGCUUCACUUUUAUGUAAUAAAUUCAACUUAAGUCUGUUUGGAUAUGGUGCCAGCGAUAUUCACCAAGAAAACAACACGUUCAGUUAUUUUUGGUUGCAAAAAUUAGAAUGCAAUGGAAAUGAACCAAGUAUUGAUGAAUGUGUCAAAACUGACGAAUUGGAACGUAGCCCAUACGGUAUGGUAGAUCAAUCGCUUCGUGAUUAUGGCAGCAAGCUAUAUUGUGUAGAUUACAGACUGAUGGGAGGACUGUCACCCAAAAACCGGCAUGCUUCUAGGGCUUUUCCAACAAAAAACGAUUGUGUUUUCCAAGGUUUUUAA